AUGGUUGUGCUUUCCAAUUUCCGCGAUGUUUUUAACGACUCUUUAGAACAGAAGAAUAUCAGUCUUCCAACAAUCAAGCAAAGUUUUUUAAAAGUGGAUUUUGAAAAAAAUGAUGUAAGAUUACCUAAGAAUACCGCUAUAAUUUAUCAGGGCCAAGAACCUCCAUUGCCUUUUGCUGUUGGUAAAGCAUUUGAUGCAACUAUUUGUAAUUGGAGACGUCUCACAGAAGAGAGUGCUGAUUGCAAAACUGUUUAUGAAGUUACACUUGAUGUAACAGCUAGCAAUUUUAAUUUCAGGCCCGGCGACACUAUAGGUGUUAUACCACAAAAUCUCGAUGAGGAAGUUGAUAUUAUUAUAGACCACUUGGACUUAUUGUCAGUAGUGGAUCUCAGCUACAGGAUAAGCAUUAUUAGUGGUCAAAAAGGCUCUAAAGUACCCGCCCAUAUACCAGUUUGUUCGACAUUAAGGCAUGUUUUUAAGCAUUGCAUAGACCUGAGGGGUGUGGUUAAGAAACUUUUUCUUCUUACCUUAUCAAAGUAUACAAAGGACAAAGCUGAGAAGAAAGCACUUGAAUACCUUUGCAGCAAAGAAGGCGCCAGUUUCCUUGAGGAAAGACAGUGGCUAGACAGUAAAAAUGUAGAGCAGGGUCCAGUUUGGCUAUUUUUCGGCUGUAGACACCCAGAUUUGGAUUACAUUUAUGAAAAGGAGUUAGGGAACUUUGUAUCAACGGGAGUAUUAAAUAAACUUACCACAACAUUCUCAAGGGUGAAUAGUGAAACUAAAUAUGUACAGGAUGCGCUGCUGUACCAUGGACAGGAGGUGGCAAGGCUGCUCAAAGAAGGGGCACUUGUCUAUGUGUGCGGUGAUGUGAAGACAUUAUCCGUUCAAGUGAAGGAUGUCUUAGUGAAAUGUCUAAUUGAAUUUGAAGAUAACACCCCAGAGGAAGCAGAGAAAUUCGUGUGUGAUAUGCAAAAAGGCAAGAGAUAUCUAGUCGAUUCGUGGAAU